UAGCAAUUACUUUACUAUUUAUAAUUAGGUUUCUUUUACUUCGAUUAUUCUUCUCUUCAAUUGAGCUUUUGAUAGACAACCCACAUUGCUUCGAUGAUUUCAACAAUCAAAUUCUGAAGAUACCAUGGCUGAUAGGGUUGGUGUUCAAAAGAGAAACCUGAUGAUGCUGUCUGGAUCGUUUUAUAUAGCCAAAGAUAGAGAUUCAAGGCCGCAGGGUGAUGACAGCCAUUUCAUCUGUGAAGAGAAGCAGACAAUUGGACUGGCAGAUGGCGUGGGUGGUUGGAGCAGCCAUGGUGUUGAUGCUGGAUUAUAUGCCAGGGAGCUCAUGAAUAAUUCUCUUCUUGCUAUCCUGACACAGCCCGACAGGCAGAUUGAUCUGAUGGAGGUUUUGAAUGAGGCUUUCGGAAAGACCAAAGCUGAAGGAUCAUCAACAGUUUGCAUCAUAACCCUCCAGGAGGACAAUAUGUUGCAUGCUGUUAAUAUGGGAGACAGCGGGUUUAUGCUGAUCAGACAGGGUGCAGCCGUAUACAAAUCACCAAUUCAGCAACACUCUUUCAAUUAUCCAUAUCAGCUGGGAAAUUCUGCAAAUUCCGAUAAACCGUGGCAGGCACAGGUAAUCAAGCUUGCAGUAGAACCAGGAGAUGUUAUUAUAGCUGGAACUGAUGGACUAUUCGACAACUUGUCUGAAAGUUUGAUAUUAGAGGCUGCAGCUACGGGGAUUGAACAAGGUUUAGAUCCAGAGGAGGUUGCCUGGCCCGUGGCUCAACAGGCCUACUACAUUUCCUUGGAUAGAGAAGCUGUCACUCCAUAUAUGCAAGCUUCUAUGAUGGCUGGACAGAGGCAUAUCGGUGGAAAGAAAGAUGAUAUCACCGUCAUUGUCUCGCGCAUUCUUGAUACAUAGGAUUGUUUCUUAGUAGUCCUCUAAUUAACUUGGUGAAUGCCAACAACCUGCUCGGAAGUGUAAGAUGACUGCAUAAAAACUCAGAAAUAAACUACUCAAGCGCAGGUUCAGUCAAGGCCAAAAAUUUGGAGGGUCCUUGUUUAACAUUGGAUUCAUUUUUUUUUAUUUAACUAUAGUAAUAAUAAUAAUAAUAAAACACGGCACUCAUCC